AUGCGCGAUCGGCCAGCGGCGGCGAAUAAAGUGACAAAGAAGACGCGAAAUGGACCUCGCGGCGCAAACGCGAAAGCGAGGUCCGCAAAGCGAGCUCGAAAAUUCGACGACGAAUUGAAUGAUGGCAACAUAUCCCCAGACUCUAGUGUCGCAUCCGAAGUAGACGAUGAAGCCAGAACCUUGGAUCAGUCCAAGCCAUCCAAGCAGACACGAGGUCGACCCAAGGCAUCCAAAGAUCGAGAAGGUAUAAACAAUUCCAAGGGCCGUUCAAACGAGGAUGGAGAUGCCGAUGGCGUGGGCGGCUCGGAGGACCAAUAUUCAAAUGGAGACGACAUCCGACGACAACUUUCCGAAUUACAGAAGAAAUAUUCGAAACUGGAAGCAAGGUAUCGGGAGCUUCAGGAGCUAGGCGUGAAGAAGGCCGAACAAAACUUCGAGCUUCUCAAGGCUCAAGCCGAGGAAAACACGAGAGUGGCCAAUGAGUUGAUCGCGCAACUCAAGGAAGAGGUAGCCGAGCAAUCGAAAUCUAUCCAGCGAGCAGAGAAGGUGCAGCUACAGCUAGGCCAAAGCGAGACCGAGGCAGAUGCUUUGCGCGCCCAGCUGGCUGAGGCGAACCAGUCACUAUCCCAGGCCAAAUCCGAGACGAAAACGCUUUACACAAAACUAGCAGCGAGCAGGCAAAUCGAACCAAACAACAAAGGAUCUGCGCCUGGGAACCGGGCGGCGCUUGCGGAAAAGGAAAACAAACAGAUUGCUCAAAACAAAGAAGAUUUGUACGCUGAUCUGACAGGCCUCAUCGUCAGAGAUGUGCGCCGCAUUGACAAGGAAGACGUCUUCGACUGCAUACAGACUGGGCGCAACGGAACUCUCCACUUCAAGCUUGCGCUGGAGGACAUGGACUCAGCCGAGAGUUACGAAGAUGUGCAAUUCGCAUACCGUCCGCAACUCGACGCCAGUCGCGAUGGCGAUUUGAUAGAAGCUCUCCCCGACUACCUCACUGAAGAGAUUACGUUCCCUCGAAAUCAGGCGCCCAAAUUCUACGCCAGAGUAAUAAAGUCACUAAUGGAGCGUUUGGAUUAG